AUGGGUGACGGGCCACCCUGCCUUGCGGCGGCGGGAGCCCUGGGCGCGAUCAUUUGCGUAUCACUGUGUGACGCUCUAUCAGCAGGUCUCUCAAUCGCUUUUCUCAUCUUUCGAAUUGCUCAAUCGGAAUCGUCCUAUGCUUUCGAUCACUCUCAACUCGAGAAAGCCUUGCCAUUCACCUACUUUUUGCCAUUGUUAAUUAUAUUGAUGAUCUGGUUGAUCACUCUGAUGGCUUUCGGUGUCUCGUUGAAGCUCGUUUUACCGUAUCUAGUACUUCCAUACCUCACUCUAUCGGUUCUCGUACUCGGCAUCGCUCUCAGCAUCUUUGUAUACUCAGUGAUCUGUUUGGUGCAAUUCUUGAACAGUGGACGAGCGUUAUCUCUAGAAUUUUGUAUUUUACUUGCCACUACAUCGAUCUUUUGUCUCUUUGAGGCUUAUUCAUUGUCAGUGAAAUACGCAGCUUUCAAGAAUAUCGUUAAGAGGAAAAAGGCAGUUCAUGGAAAUUGCUCAGAGAAACCGCAAAUCGCUGAAGUUGUCGAUCCGUUUGAUUCGUUCAGUCGACGAUCGACGAUAAUCAUAACGGAUGACUACUAUGCUCCACCACCAUCAGUU